GGGACUUUGUUGAAGUUCAGGCCUCAGAGCGACCCGAGCUGGCGCGCGGCGUAGAGCAGUGGGACUGUGUGUGUUAUUGUGUUUUGUGUCGUCACUCAGUGAACCCUCACAGUUUUGAACAUUGCCGUGAAUUUUAAUCAUGAGAUCGUCAACUCGACUUCCAGAGCAUCAUGUGAGCUGAAAUGUCAGAGCAGAUUAAGCUGCUGCUGCUGCUGAUGCUCCACCACCACCACCACCACCACCGCUCCCUGCAAGAGUUGCGUUGUGGCUCUACCCCUCCACCACCACCACCACCACCACCACCACCACCACCACCACCACCACCACCACCACCACCACCUCCUCCAUGCCCCUUCUCUCGUCAGCCAUACCCUCCCCUGCUCCGCCACACCACCACCACCAUCUCCGCUCCCUCACCACUCCAGUGCCCCACCCGUGGUAUGCCCCCGUCCCCCCACCCCGUGUUGGUGGCUCUGGUGUGGUGGUGGUCACGCGUGGCCGCGACGUUUAAUAAGGGGAGGGGGUAGGUGAGGCGGGAGGGGGCGGCGGGCGGGGCGGCAGCUGUGGCGUGAAGCGGCCUAGCGUGUCGGCUCCCGCACCGCCGCCAGGAGGACUCGCCCUCCUGCCGCAGGAACGCCAACCCGCAUGGACUUUCGUCAGAUUUUCUCACUCUAUCAUCUGGCUGAUUGAGGCGCUAUCUUAUCAGCCGUGGUGGUGGUGAUGGCGGCGGCGGCGGCGCUGGCGGCGGCAGCAGUGUGGUGGCGUAACGCUGCGGGCCCCUCCCCUCUCAGGCUGCCUUCCCUUGGCGGACUCCUCCCUCCCUCUCUCCCUCACUCCCUCCACCACACUUUCUCCGCUCUCUCCACCACCUCCUCGCCUCCCUCCUUUCUUUCUGCUGGCGGAGUGGCGGCCCGCGCGGCGCGGCGCGGUAGGUGAAGCACAGACAGCCACGUCCGCCGCCAUCAGGUGGCCUUCAAGUGACUCAGGUGGCAGCGUGGCCAGGUGGCCUCGUGGUGACCCAGCUGCCACUGGUGGAGCAGCCAGGUGGCCACCAGGUGACCGCGGCAGGUGUCGCAGAUGACCUCCUGGUGAGGAGAGGGGCGUCCAGGCGCGCCGCAUGUAAAGAGUCCUUUUGGUCUCUUGCAAUGUUUGAUGCAGCUCCAUCCCGGCGGCGAUGGUAUGGCGGCGGUGUGGUAUAUUGGAGGUGGGACCGUGGCGGCGGUGGUGGUGAUGGUGGUGGUGGCGACGGUCAUCGACGCGGGACGCUAAGGAAACAUCGAUCCAGGGAGCAAGUCUGCCUCCCGCCUCUGAGCCACCUCCACCUGCGGCAGGAGUCACGCCAGGGGCGGCCUACUUCGGGUCUUGAUGUGGACUUUCAUUUCCUCGCGAUGCCCGAUAAGGCGAAAAGGGCACUCGACGAUGGGGCUUCCUCGAGCAAGCGGCAAGCGGCGGUGGUCUGGCGAGGACGGCGGGGAGGCUCUGCCGGCGGCCAAGGUGAUCUGUACGUCACCGCCCCACGCCCUCUGUGCUGAGGACGUGCUGCAUCACCCGGCCCUCACCCACGCCCACGCUACCACUCCCGCCCUCGAGUGUGAAUUGACUAGCGGCGCCACGGGUGACCCCUCCACCACCAGGCUGGAGCAAGAGGAGCUGCCCCCCGGCGUGCCUGGCAGCGCGCCCCCCUGCCUCCCGGGGCACCACGCCUUCCCGGAGGAGUCCGAAGACGACGAUUCUGAUGACGACCACGACGACUUCAUUGACGACGAGGAGGAUAAAGACUCAGGUUUCAUCGACAGCAACUCAAUCGACAACUCUUCAGACGACGAGGUGGAGAACAGAGGGAUUUCUGGAGACGCGGGGGAGUCGUGUUCUUCCACCUCCUCCUCUUCCACCACCACUACCACCACCUCCACCACCACGGCGUCCACCUCCCUUCAACUGUCUCUGUCCAAAGUCCUUUCCCCGACCUCCACCAGCCCCCAGGUGACGCCCUCCCCAGCCCCAACCCUCACCAUGUCACAAGUCCCUAUCCUCCUCCCCAGCCCUCCCCUCCCUCUAACAGUGUACACCCCCACUCUCUCCUCCGUGGUAACCUGCACCACCAUUCCCCUCGCCACCACUAACACAUCCCCCUCCUCCCCUGUGGUGGUUCAGGCCCCAAUCACCCCCCCACUUGUUACAGGCCAUACCACCACCUCAUCCUCACCCCCUCCCCCUCCCUUCUCAUCAUUCCCCUCCCUACCCACCACCACCUUCCUUCUCACCUCUGUCUCCACCACCACCACCUGCACCACCACCACUGCCACAAGCACUACUGGCACCAGCACAGAGGACCCAAGCCCCAAAACUCUCCCCAGUGAAGGAAGCAUCACCACUGUCACCGCCACCCAGACAAGCACGGUGGUCACCAGCACUUACCAGGGAGCACUUUCCUCACCAGUAUAUGAGCCCCAUCCCUUCUACCCAGGGGAGUCCUACCCUUCCCGGCCCUCCACCCCUACCUGGGAGAGCUGUAACUAUUAUGACGGCUCCCAGCCCACCACCAACAAGUACAUGGAAAUUUCCCCCAACAAGUCCACCUCCAGCCAAUCCAUUCAGUGUGACGAGAAUGGCAAGUCCUACCUGGAGCUGGGCAGUGCCUCACCCUACACCCACACCUACUCCAGUGACUGUGGCAACUACACCACAUCCCCCUCCAGCUACCCAGCACAGUCAUACAACCAAACCUACACCAGCCCCAGCUCCUAUGGUCAGCCCAGCUCAUACUACGGCCCCAGACAAAGCUACAGCCCUGGGCCCUAUGUGUAUCCCACAGGGGAGAACUACACCACCUUUGAAGGGGAGAAUGGGUGUAGCUACAACUACACUGGCAAUGCCUACGGGAGCGUACGGGGCUCCCUGCUGCCUUCCCGAGGUCCACCGCGUUGCAUGUCCCCGUACUGCGACCCCACCCGUAGCAGCCCCAGGCCCUCCUGCUACCACCAGCAGCGGCUCUCUGUGCUCAACAUGUCCAUGUACAAACUGAACAGGUUUCGCCAGUUCCCGGACCCCAGCCUUCACAGAUCCGUACUGAUCUGCAACACCUUGAGACACAUCGAGCGGGAACUGGAAGCUGAGGGAGUGAGUGUGGCCUCCCUCCUGGCCCAUUCCCAUGGCCACCCUGCACAUCCACACCUGCAGGGAACCACCCUAGGCCCAGGGUCCCCACCGUGCCCAGAGCCCAUGCCGUCCUCAUCUCCCUCACCUCCAGCAGCCACGGAGACCCCGCUGUCCUCCAUGCACACACCCCCGGUGGGCUCACCCCUGGCAACUCCCUCCACCCCACCUCCGUCCACCCCUGGUACCCCACCCCCUGCCACCCACUACAGCACUCCAGUGUACCCCACCCCCCAGUACCUCCCCACGGACCAUGCCUCAGGCUCUUACGACAGCAGGGAGACGGUGCCGGUGCACAUGCGGGCUUACCCUAACCUGGUGGCCAAUACCUCCCACGAGGAGAGUCGGGAAGGACCCUCUGGCGUGACGGCAGACACCACUGAGGGGGAGAGUUCUCCCUCCACGCCUGCCCCACGACCCACGCCUGGGCCCCAGGAGGAGAGAACAGACGCCAUCAACUGGUGUUCAGUGUUGAGUCUGUCCUCACAAACUGAUCUGGACUCCAUGAACAAUAAUGAGUACGGUGAGUGGAGCAAUGAGACGGGCGGCGACUUGGACUACAACCGGCCGGAGGACGGGCCGCCCUGGAAGCUGCCGUCCCUCAGUGCCGAGGACGUGCUCAAGUCUUUCCCUGAGGCCUCAAAAAGACUUGAAGCGAAUGAGGACCUUGAUUCCAUUAUAAAUGUCUUGGUUGGUUCUUAGCAUUUAAUGUAGUUUAGCUAAUUGUUAAUUCAUUCCAAAGGAAUCAGUGUUAAUAUUUUGCCGCCAUGCUGGCAGGAAAAAUACAUCGCAAUCCAGUGCAUUUGUGGACAACCAGACUUUGCUCAACCCCUGGCUGGCGCGGUGGGCCACACCUGCAGCCUCCCGCCCACGUCCCAAGGGUGCUGGCCUGCUUAGCCCAAACCUGCAGCCUCCUCACCGUGUCCCAAGGGCUCUGGUCUGCCCGGCCCUAGGAAGCUUUGCUGUGUGGCUGAGCAGCAAAGGGCCAGUAGCCCCUCUGAUUAAGGUUAAAUACUGUACCUGCAUAUAAUAUACAGAUAUUAAGUUCUCAUUCAUGUAACAGUGGCAAUAUUCAAGGUUCCGUACCAGAGUUUUAGGCAGGUAGUUGCCAAACUAUUGAUUACUUAAGACAAAACUUAAAUCAUAUAUGUGCUACAUUAUAGACAAAGGUGCUUAUAUUCAGUUUUAAUUGUUACUUUGAUUAUCUACUGAGUAAUGUUGACAUUUUUCAUCUCAAGUGGUUGUGUCAUAGUAUUUUCAGUAUUUACAUGCUACUUUGUUUUGUUGUGGCCUGGAAUGUGAGUAAGCUAGUGCUGCUGCAUGGGAAGUGUGUAACCUUUGUGGCCCACCUGCAAGUUCAAAAUAUUGAGCCCCAUUAAGUCGGGUAGGCAAAAGGCAGCCCCACCUUCACCCCAAGCCACGGUGGGGUCUAAACAUGUCACCUGUGGGUUUUUCUUUGGUGCCAAUGGGCCACAGCUUGCUCAGGCCAACACGGGUCACUAAAAUUGUUCAGAGUGCAACGUUUUGACUCACAAGUAAUGUGGCAGUCACACGAGGAGCUAGUUGGGUCCUGAGUGGACUGUGAUGUCCCACUUAUCAAUUACUUGAUCUCGGGUGAUUUUAUUAUAGAAUGACUCGUUGAUUCUAGUCGUGGUGAACGCCAUAGACAGCAGUGACCGCGUGGUGGUGCCGCGCAGUGCACCUCACAUACUGGCAACAGCUUAUACUUGGUCUCCUGUUCAGUUUCCUUGUGGCCAGCACUUGAUAACUUUGAAUCUUAAAAAGUCUUUAAGAGAACAGAAAUAUUUGUUAAUUUUAUAUACAUGCUAUUCUCUAUAUUUUCUCUAUGAUUUCUGUGAGAUUGUGUGAAUUUGUUAACCAUCAAAAAGUAGCAAUUUUUGUAUUGUCUAGGAUUUUUUUACAAGUGGUUCUGAAAAGUACACUUUGGUAUGUCAAUUGCCUCCUCAACUGUAGAGAUGUACAUGGGAGGUCCACGAGGGUCUCCUCACCCACACCUCCUACUAAUGUUUCACUGUCUUAUCUCAAAAGUCCACUUGACCAUCCCCAGUCUGGCAGUGUGUGGGGUCAGCUCAGCCGGGCCGGCAGUGUCACACCUUGGGUGGGAGUGGCACCAUGCCGGCCCGGCAGCCUCACGCCACGGCUGGGUUGGCACGCUAGUGUUGCCCAAUGAAUUUGCUGCAGCAGGAGGUAGCACAAGUGUGAAGUACAAUGGCACUGCCUUAACAAUAAUGAUAACUAGUUAGACGAUACUUAAUUGGCUGUGAUGACAUAAGGAAGCUCCCUCACUUAAGGCUGAGCGAUUUGUAACCUCGGUUGUGCUCUACUCAAAUUCUCAACCACUGACCACUAUUGUGAUACGAUUGCUCAGUAUGUAGUAGAGUAAACAGGAGAACCAUGUCGAGAAUUUACAGUUAUUAUUUUUUUGUUUGUUAGAACGCAAGCAUAUGCGAGGCCCGGUUCCUCGUCACCCCACGCCUGCCUGCCCCUUGCCUUGCACACUGCUGCUGCUGCUGCUGGGGACACACACACACACACACACACACACACACACACACACACACACACACACACACACACACACACACACACACACACACACACACACUUCUCCGAUGCCCUCCCCACCCCCUGGCCGGCACGAGCGAGCUUGAGUACAUACAUUCAAUUAUUAAUGGUUUGGUAAAAACGAUGGCGGUGUGUGGGGGGGUAAUGGGGCACCUCCCUCCCUUCCCCCGAGUAUUGAUUAGCUGAGGACACGGCAGACCAGCAGCCGCCGCCGCUAAAGCUGGGGCGCCGCGCCACCGCAGCGGCCCUCGUCAGGAGCGGAGCGUAGUCCCUCGCCCCGCACCUUCUAGCGAAGGGCGAGGAGUGAAACGGAGCGGCCGGGUCAGGGCGGGGUAGCAGCAGCAGCAGCAGCUUUAGUGCAGAUGUCAGCUGAGCUGCGUGAGGGCCUCGGGCCUGCACAUCAUAAUUAUCUGUGACCCUCUCUAGGGAUGACCCAAUGGUUACUAUGGUAAUGAGUCACAUAGCAGAGAAAACUGUGUAUAAUUCCUCGCCAUCCGCGUCGUGGUGGCGGCGCGGCGGUGCGGACGUACUCGUACUUACACCGCGGUAGAGCCGAGGGAAGAACCAAGCCAAAGACUUUCCGUAUGAAAAAAUUAAGGUGACAAAUAAGUUUUGGCAGUUUCAUAGAUGGCUUUAUGAAGCAAAUGAAAUGUAUUUUAUAUAGAUUUUUGUGUAUAUAUUUAUUAUAUGUAAAUAUCUGUAAGUAAUGUCAAAAUGAUUAAGCAAUAAAAAAAUCAAGUGUCAA